AUGGCUCUGCAGGAUGUGUGCAAGUGGCAGUCCCACUUCCAGGGACCAUCCCCUCACUUGCCUCAGGCUGGCUGCUGGGCUGUGCCCCGGGGCUGUGACCCUCAGUCCUUCCUGAGGAUUUAUGGCCCUAGGCUGGCCCACGGCACCACCACCCUGGCCUUCCGCUUCCGGCAUGGUGUUAUUGCUGCAGCUGACACGCGUUCCUCCUGUGGCAGCUAUGUGGCCUGUCCAACUUCGCUCAAGGUCAUCCCUGUGCACCAGCACCUCUUGGGUACCACUUCCGGCACCUCAGCUGACUGUGCUAUGUGGUACCGGGUGCUGCAGCGGGAGCUGCGGCUUCGGGCCCUGAGGGAGGGUCAGCUACCCAGUGUGGCCAGCGCAGCCAAGCUCUUGUCGGCCAUGAUGUCUCGCUACCGGGGGCUGGAUCUGUGUGUGGCCACUGCCUUGUGUGGCUGGGACCGCUCUGGCCCUGCUCUCUUCUACGUGUACAGUGACGGCACCCGCUUGCAGGGGGACAUAUUCUCUGUGGGCUCGGGAUCUCCCUAUGCCUAUGGUGUGCUAGACCGUGGCUACCACUAUGACAUGACCAUCCAGGAAGCCUACACUUUGGCCCGUUGCGCUGUGGCCCACGCCACCCACCGUGAUGCCUACUCAGGGGGCUCUGUAGACCUUUUCCACGUGCGGGAGAGUGGCUGGGAAUACGUGUCAUGCAGCGACGUGUGUGUUCUGUACAGGGAACUGCAGAUGUUCACAGAAGCAGAGCUGGAGGGUGAGGCCCAUCAGACCCAGCCUGAGCCUGUCAUUCUUCGUGGAGCUGAGGAAGGUGGAGAAUUCCCUGUGGGGCCAAGGGAGAUGGCACCAGGAGAUUCCAGGAUACCAGCAGAGACUGAGACAUUGUGAGAAGUGCAGGACUUGGGGACCAGGGUGAGGGAGUGGGCUGGUGGAGGGAGCAGUGGGAAGGCUCUGCUGGGAGCAGCCUCAAGCCCCUGGAUCCAGCCCUUCUGGGUUACCUGCUUCAUUUGUUCCAAGUCCCCAGCUCUUCUGCCUCCAAGAGCUACGGAUGGCUCUGUCCAACAUGUUUGUAUUGAUGCCUGAUGUGUUUAUCCAUCCUCCUCGUCUCCAAGCUGACUUUGAGUAAACACUUGCUGUGUGCCUACUGCCCACCAGAUGCCAGGGGGCUUGAUCUCCUUUUCUCAUUAGGUACUGGUGCUAGGUGCUAGACCUCCUUUUCUGGC